CCCAGCCCUCUUACUCCUGAUACAGUCUGUGUGUUUCUGUCUCCACAGGUGCCUGAUAGUGUAACACUGCCUGCUCUGUGCAGAGUAAACAAAGGCACAGCUCACUGCCUCUCUCACAUUAGCUGCUCUAUCUUGGAAGCUUGAACAAACAGUUGCCCUGCAGCUCGGCCACUUCCCAGUCUCCAUGUUUUACAGCGAGGCUGAGCUGCACGCCGUGUUUUAAAGAGGUGAGAUCAGUGUGUCUCUGGUUUCCUGAGGAGAUGUUGAAGACGGUCGUCCUCCUCUGUGUGUUGUCUGCUGUGGCAGAGCCGCUCUGUAGACCAGAUGCUUCAGUCAGCAACAAAGUGCGACUCAGCAUCAAAACUGCUCUUGGAGAUGAAGCCUAUGCGUGGGAUGACAACGAAAUGUUCUAUUUCCGAGCAACCGUGGCGUACGCCAUGAGGAGACAAAUCAUGGGACAGAUAUUCGAAGUGUCAGACAUCCUCGUAUGUAACGAGACUGCCAGAGUGUCCUUCUGGUUCGUGGUGACGAGACCGAACACAGGCGUCCUUGUGGGGAAAGAACACGUAAAUGAGGCUGUCAGAAAGCACAGGGAUCGCUUCAACAAUGCCUUCAUGCUGACGGAUGACACUCUGGAGUUUAUAGAUAUCCCCCCCAUCCUGACAGCCCCCUUCGAACCUGACACCCCUCCAUGGCUCAUUGUGUUCGGGGUGGUCAUGGGUGUUGUGUUCGCUGGCAUCAUCUUCCUCAUCGGGUCGUCUGUGGUCCAAACGAAGCGCAAAAAGAAACAGAAAACUGUGGGGGUCAAUGAAGAAAGCAACGCAGUAAACGAAGGCGCUUACAACAUGUCAUUCUCAGACGACGAGCAAUUCACACGGAUUUAAAAAUCAUCUUUAAAAACACUUCCACGAAAGAAAAGAAAGAGGACGGUGAAAGCUGCUCCAGGUGGACUCUGUUGCACUGAGAACAAUGAUUGUCAGGGUGUUGUUGAUUAUUAACAGCUUGUGAUAUUAAACAGUUUUAUACAUUUCCAUGAUUUCAUUGCUUUAGAGAGUGUCUUUAGCUUUUCUCACCUGCUGCCUCAGAAGGAAACAAACAUGUGCAGCUUUGCAGUAGAGGAAAGUUUUCCUGCUUAUGUGUAAAAAUUUUCUGCUUAACAGGAUGAUGAAUUAAAGAUCCCCUGUGUGAGGAUUUUAAUGAA